UUAAAAAUUUCAUAUCAUAUGGUACAAUGACUUGAGGAAUCUAGUUUAAUUAUAAAAAUUGAGUAACAGAGAUAUCUACAACUUAAAGAGAUUACUCUAAUAUAUAUCUCUUUUUCUACAUGAUAUUUGAUAAUCAUACUUAUAUAAUUGUACAUGUCUACCAUAAUCUAAAACAGCGUUGUAUGCGAACUGGUAGUCAUUCAGUUGCAAACAAUGGCAGUGUUAAGUUCUUUCCUUCUGAACUUGGGUUUUACAGUCGUUGCGCUCUUAACUAUUUUAGUUCUUUAUGUGAAAUAUAAACGAAGUUACUGGCAAAGACGCGGAGUGUCUACUCUACCAGGGCACUGGUUGUUUGGUAACAUAAAAGACGCUGCAUUACAGAAAAAGUCUUUUGCUCAAGUGUUUGGUGAAUUGUAUGAGCAAGCUGCGGAUACGGAUGAUGUUUUGGGAAUUUAUGUUCUCCAUAAACCCUUCUUGUUAAUAAGAAAUCCGGAAGUAAUUAAACAGAUUCUAAUUAAAGACUUUAAUGUAUUCCCAAAUCGCUAUUUCUCCGUUCGCUCGCUUCACGAUGACAUCGGUCAUAGAAAUCUUUUCUCCAUUGAGAAUCCUCCAUGGAAAUACCUUAGAACCAAACUUUCGCCCGUAUUCACCGGUGUAAAACUAAAGAAACUUUUCCAUCUGAUAGUUCAAAAUGCUAAUUCAAUGAGCAAAUAUAUGGAAAGUCAGUUUUUAAACGGUACAAAGACAAAAAAUAUGAGGGUAAGAGAUAUUGCCUUGAAGUACACGACCGAUAUUAUAUCUAAUAUUGCUUUUGGAAUUGAAGUCAAUUCUUUCGAUCCUGAAAAAGUAGAAUUCUUCAACAAAGUUCAAGAGGGACUUCAAUUUUCCUUCAAGCGGGGCCUAGAAUUUUCGAUGAUGUUCUUUUUCCCGACGAUUGCUAAAUACAUAGGUACUCAAAUGUUAGGUUCGUCUACGGAUUACUUCCGUAAAGUAUUCUGGGAUUCAAUGGAUACCAGAGAAUCGAAUAAAAUUAAACGAGAAGAUUUGAUCGAUUUGUUAUUAGAGUUGAAGAAUGAGAAGCAGGAAAACUCUGAAUUCAAAUUUGAGGGCGAUACACUGUUGAGUCAAUCAGCCAUUUUCUUCGUUGCUGGCCGCGAAUCUAGCGUAUCAACUAUAUGCUUCACCCUUGCUGAGCUUGCUAAACAUCCAGAGAUUCAGAAACGAACGAGAGCAGAAAUUUUAGAGAAGUUAGAACAAUAUGGAAUGACAUACGAGGCUGUUCAAAAUAUGAAGUAUCUUCAUCAAGUAAUUUCAGAGACUCUGAGACUAUAUCCACCAGCUCCGAUUCUUGAUCGAGUGCCUGUUGAGGAUUACAAGAUACCAGGUACUGAUAUAGUAUUAGAGAAAGGGACACCCGUGUAUAUAAGUUUGACUGGUCUUCACCGCGAUCCAAGAUAUUAUCGUGAUCCCCUAUCUUACAAUCCUGAUAGAUAUACUGAUGAGAAUAAAAAUGAUAUUCCCCCAUCCACGUAUAUACCAUUUGGUGAAGGUCCACGAGUUUGCAUUGGUACACGACUCGGCCAGUUACAAAGUGCAAUAGGUAUACUCACAAUACUUAAAGAUUAUGAAGUUUCAUACGAUUCUACUUGUAAAUGUGACAUUGAGAAACGUAACGUGUUCUUGUCACCAGUGGAAGAUUUUAGAUUAAAUGUAACGAAAAUCUAAAGUGUACUUAAUUGUAAAUAUUAUAUUUGUUUUACAAUUAAAAUAAUUCAUUUGUUUAUGGAAA